AAAUAACUAUAUAAAAAACUAAAGAUGGAUGUCUUACCUUCCCUUCCUUCAUCCAGCAACGAUUGGAAUGUCUGAGACAAAUACAUAGGUGCAGUAAUAAUCCUACUCUGAAUCCUGUGAUGCUUAUUCCUAAUAUUCGUAUACUACUCCUGCCAAUUCAUCAAAAUAAUGCCAUUUCACGGAAUAUACACAGACAGAAUGAACUAUUUUUGUAUUCUGAUGUUCCUCUUAAUGAUCAAUUUGGCCAUAUCUCUCCGCAUCUGCUACUUCUCAACAGAGAUAUAUCUCAAGACUAGGCAUUGAAAAUCAAUAGGCAGUAAAACCUUUGUGGGAAUCUUCACUUAUCUACCAGUGCUGGUGUUUAUAUCAGCAGUUAUUUUCAGCACGUUCAGUUGGAUCUACCAGAGCAGACAGAUAAAUGAAUACUUUAAUGCGACGAAUAGGUUUAGAAAGAAAUGAACAAAUAUUUGGUUGAUCAUCAGUCAAUGCAUGCUCUUGAUAAUCAUUAUUGUUAAUAUCACCCUCUCAUUCGUGAAAGAGAACAAUUUAAAGCUGAUUUACAGUAUCUUUAGACUGGUGGUGACAUUUUACUUCAUCUCAACAUCAAUCUGAUACGCUUGGGCUGUGAGAUACUACUAUCUAAAACUUAAUCUAUUUUCUCCAAAAAUGUCACAAAAAAUCAAAAAGAGAGUAAUCUGUUCGAUUUUAUUCGUAUCUAUCCCCUUGUUAGUAAGAGGGAUUAACAACAUAUCAAGAUAUAUAUUGCCUGUAGACAAGAUUGCCAGUAACUCUUUAAAGAACAACACGAUUUGGUGGCCAGCUUACAUCGUCUUGUACUUCACUCUGACUGAUUUCGUCCCAAUGAUAACUCUGAUGCUGGGUAUGAAGACCAUUUUGCACCAUUGUCGCCAGAACAAGGAGUCCAGCCUGAACCUUCUGCUGAACAAGAAGUCGUCUCAAAUUGAUACUACUGAUAUGGAUAACUUCAAAAGCACCUCGUCCCUAAUAAAAGAAGGUACUUCCUUUUCAUUCAAUAAUGAGCUCAGCAGAAAUGCCAUUGAGUCCAGGUUGAGUCCAACAGAUUCUUCUUUCUAAGCGAUCAAAUUCCCAUUACAUUAUUUUGCCUAAUAAUAAGAGACCAUAAAACUU